UAGGGCUCCCCCCAGCAAAGAAUAAAACGAGCGGGGGGAAUAAGAGACAGGAAAGAGGAGGGAGGGAAACUUGCUUACGGUGGGAAACUUGAUGGAUUUGCGCCGUGCGGGCAGCAGCGCGGAGUGAGAGCCCCCGGCCGGCUGGAUGGAUGAUGGGAAUCUCACCAUGAGGCAGAUAGCUGAUCAGCUUCCCUGGAUUUCGCUGACACCACAGGAAAGCUUUGCCUGAAGAUGGAAACACUGGAGUCAGAACUGACCUGCCCUAUCUGUCUGGAGCUGUUUGAAGACCCGCUGCUGCUGCCUUGCGCUCACAGCCUCUGCUUCAACUGCGCGCACCGCAUCCUGGUCUCCCACUGCGCCACCAACGAGCCGGUGGAGUCUAUCACCGCCUUCCAGUGCCCGACCUGCCGCUAUGUCAUCACCCUCAGCCAGCGCGGUCUAGACGGGCUCAAGCGCAACGUCACCCUGCAGAACAUCAUCGACAGGUUUCAGAAAGCCUCGGUCAGCGGGCCCAACUCCCCCAGCGAGACCCGCCGCGAGCGGGCGUUCGAUAACAACAGCAUGUCGUCCUGCGAGAAGGUGCUGUGCCAGUUCUGCGACCAGGACCCUGCCCAGGAGGCGGUGAAAACCUGCGUUACCUGCGAGGUGUCCUACUGCGAGGAGUGCCUGAAAGCCACUCACCCCAACAAGAAGCCGUUCACCGGCCACCGGCUCAUCGAGCCCAUCCCGGACUCUCACAUCAGGGGAUUAAUGUGCUUGGAGCACGAGGACGAGAAAGUUAACAUGUACUGUGUGACUGAUGACCAGUUAAUCUGUGCCUUGUGUAAACUGGUCGGGCGACACCGUGACCAUCAGGUGGCAGCUUUAAGUGACCGCUACGACAAGCUAAAGCAAAAUUUGGAGAGUAACCUCACCAACCUUAUUAAGAGGAACACUGAACUGGAAACUCUUCUGGCAAAACUCAUUCAGACCUGUCAACAUGUAGAAGUAAAUGCAUCCCGCCAAGAAACCAAGCUGAUGGAAGAGUGUGACCAACUCAUUGAAAUAAUCCAGCAAAGAAGGCAAAUAAUUGGAACCAAAAUCAAAGAAGGAAAGGUGGUGAGGUUGAGAAAACUGGCUCAGCAGAUUGCGAACUGCAAGCAGUGCAUUGAGCGCUCGACAUCCCUCAUCUCCCAGGCUGAGCAGUCACUGAAGGAGAAUGAUCACGCUCGCUUCCUGCAAACAGCUAAAAAUAUCACUGAAAGGGUUUCCAUGGCAACUGCAUCCUCCCAGGUUCUAAUUCCUGAAAUUAACCUCAAUGACACUUUUGAUACUUUCGCACUUGAUUUUACCAGGGAGAAGAAAUUGUUGGAAUGCCUUGAUUACCUUACAGCUCCCAACCCCCCCACCAUUCGAGAGGAACUCUGUACAGCCUCUUAUGACACCAUUACUGUGCACUGGACAUCAGAUGAUGAGUUCAGUGUGGUCUCUUACGAGCUGCAGUACACCAUCUUCACUGGACAAGCCAACGUUGUUAGUUUAUGCAACUCAGCCGACAGCUGGAUGAUUGUUCCUAAUAUCAAACAAAACCACUACACGGUGCACGGGUUGCAGAGUGGCACCAAGUACAUCUUCAUUGUCAAGGCCAUUAACCAGGCUGGCAGCAGGAGCAGCGAGCCUGGCAAGCUCAAGACAAACAGUCAGCCAUUUAAACUGGACCCCAAAUCUGCUCAUAGAAAAUUGAAAGUGUCUCACGAUAACUUGACGGUGGAACGGGAUGAGACGUCAUCCAAGAAGAGUCACACGCCGGAGCGAUUCACGAGCCAGGGGAGCUACGGCGUGGCUGGCAACGUGUUCAUCGACAGCGGGCGGCACUACUGGGAGGUGGUGAUAAGCGGGAGUACCUGGUAUGCUAUUGGCAUUUCCUACAAGUCAGCACCGAAGCACGAGUGGAUUGGAAAGAAUUCUGCCUCCUGGGUGCUCUGCCGCUGCAACAACACGUGGGUGGUGCGGCACAACAGCAAAGAGAUCCCCAUCGAGCCCGCGCCCCACCUGCGGCGCGUCGGCAUCCUGCUGGACUACGACAACGGCUCCCUCGCCUUCUAUGAUGCUUUGAACUCCCUACACCUUUACACUUUUGACAUUACAUUUGGCCAGCCAGUGUGCCCCACGUUCACAGUGUGGAAUAAAUGCUUGACCAUUAUAACUGGCUUGCCUAUCCCCGACCACCUAGACUCCUCCGAGCAGCUGGCGUGACUGCUAAAAGCCAAAAGUGGAUAAUAGCAGGAAAUUGGAAAGAAAACUGCACAGUGGACAAGUCAGUGUACUGAAGGUUUUACUUGUACCAACAUUAGUGGUCUCAUUACCAGCCUUGUUGAGUGUGAGAUCUCCCAAUUUCUACUUUGCACAUGGGAGUGUGCAGACCAAAAGAACAAAAAUAAGCAAGCAAGGAAGUGGAGCUCGCCAACACAGCAAAAGAAUAAAGUUUAAUUUACUUCUGUUCACAGGGCAGUGCUCUCUCAGUUCAUAAAAAGCAUGUGGAAUAUCUCCUAGAAAUGUGAGUGGAUAAAUCAUCUGGUGAUUUUUUUUAUUGAUGGCAAUAUUCCCAUCUACCAGUGCUUCGCUUUUGUCUUUGGGAAACAUUUUAGAAUCACUGAGGAUGUGGAAGACCGAUAGCAUCUCUGAGAAUCAGCAACACUGGAGGAGAACAGCCAAUCCAAGGUCUGACUGUAGACUAAUUUCAUAAAGCACGGCACCGUUUAAGGAUUGAUUCAUUGAUUGAUUGAUUGAUUGAUUGUAAUAGAAGAUGUCACAGUUCUGAUGGUAGACACAUGAAUGCUCAUUGCUGAUUUUACAAGGUUCAACAUAGCAAGCCCAGCCAACAACUCGGAAGUGAGACAUGCGCCUCUUUACCACUGGUUUGAAAUUAAAUACAAAUGUUCCAUUGUCAUGCACUGUGUGGUGUCUAUCACAAAGCAAGGAAAUCUGUUUUACAUGUGCUGUACGGAGGAACACUGCAGCUGGAGUUUGCUCAUAGUUAGCAUUGUCCCAGGUUGUUUGGGAAAGCACAGCUCACUUUGUGAAUGAAAAGUAAAGAGUAACCUCUCAGCAGCGGUAGAAAUCUGCAGAGAGAGAUCCUAUGCUCAUCCUGGUGUGAAGACAAUAGGGGUUGUAUGUACUUUAUCUCAGAGCUGAAUCAGGUGCAUUUUUUUUCUCUUUCCCUUUACAGAUAGAAGCUUUUUGUAAUUAUUGCAACGCUCAUGUAUAAAUGAUCAUUUUGGGUGAUGCUUGAGGGCGUAUGACAAUUUUAAAAUAAUGGUUUUCCUACAGUGUUUUGUUGUUACUAUGCAAGUGGUGAAAAUCUGCCUGUGUAGAGAAAAAGUAAAUUGAAUAUCAGCUUUAAAGAUUUGCUCAGUAAUUUAUAACCAUGCUUUAGGUGUCUUUUGAAAAAGAUGUCUUAAUGCACUUUGUUCAGUAGUGGGUCCAGGAAAAAAUGGUCCCAAGCUCAGCUUCAGAUUUUUUAAAUACUGAUUCUCCAGGUAUAAAGCUCUACUACAGUUUGCCUUAUGAUUAUAUCAAAAAUUUAUGAACAAGAUGAGGAGAAUAUGUACAUGCCCAUUUGUUUGUUUGUGGUUGUUUUUUUUUUUUAAUAGAAAAUAAAUGUCUUUCCAUGGGUCUUUUAUUUCCCUUUAUAUGUCCUGCUAACUGCUGAAUUAAAUGGAGAAAAAUCUGGCAGUAUACUGCUGAUGCCAUGGCUUUCAGCUAGGCAACAUCCCAUAGUUCACAGACAGGAGCCACUGAUCUUUCCCAAGUAGACAUAAAAGGGUAAAGUGUGUACAUAUAGUGAACCUCAGUGUUUAUCAUAGUGUCAUUAAUAAUCAAGAAACAUUCACCCUCAAAAAUGAAACGGUAAAUUAGUCCCCAAGCAUUACAUUUUAAAAUUGAGUACAGCGUUACUGGUACAAUCUGAUGUACAAUGCACAGAUGAUCUGGCCUGGGAUGUUUGGGAGCUAGCUGAGAUGGUAUGAAAAUUUUGAAUAUGAAUUGACAGAAGAUGUCUGAUGCAAAGCACUGAUAAAAGGAUGCAUGAAGAAAAGAUUUUUAUUCUAGGGUUAUUGCCAAAUUUCUGCCUAAAAGGAAAGAGUGAAUUACCAAAGUACAUGUAGCAAGGCUCUAUAUCUUCUCUUUUGCAAGAAAUAUUAGAUCUAGAGGCUGAUUUCAGUAGUGGAGAAACUGAAAACACUGCUCAGCGUUUGGUUAUACAAUGUUGGCAGAGAUUGAUGGAAAUAAUGGGUGAAAAUAAUACCAUGAAUUUGGAGAGGCCCCAAAUGAUUUCAUGAAUUUUCCUUGUAAAGAUAGAGCAUGAGUCUAAAGACAGAUCAUGGUUUUGGCCAAAGGAAAAAGGAUGGUCUGUUAUCUACAGACCUUGCUGUAUCAUCUUUAUUUUAACACAGAAUACUUCAUUUGGAGAUAAGCCACAUUUCUCCAAUGUGCUAUUAACUCAGUCAGUUCUCUUUGUGCAUAUAUAUUUGUGUAUAUACGUACACAUAAGUAUGGGUACACACACACCAGCAUAUGCACAAACACAGUGUGUAAUUUGUGUAUACACACCCAUAUGUACAUACACAUACGAAAUGACAACAAUUAGUCAGGUGUUCCUUUUUUGCUUGUUUCUUGGACAAUUUCGUAUUCUGUAUGACAAUGAGGAAACAAGUUUGCUAUGAACAGUAUUCUUCUGGACAUUUUUUAACAAACAAAAUCUGUUUAUUUUACAAUACUUGAUUCAAUGCCUGAUUAACCAAUAAAAACUUCCAUUUGAAAAUGUAGCAUCUGUGGUCUGUGGCAUUUUGCAUGGUCCAUAGUAAUUAAUUGCAAUCUGGGUGAGCAAGUAAUUCUUGUGUAAAAAAUAAAACAUGGUACUUUAAUGUAGCAUGUGGUCUUAGAUGAGGAUUUUUCCCUUUUUUUUUUGAAAGUUUUGUGACAAGGAACGAGGUAACAUUGUGUAAUGCUGUAACAAAAGCAGAUUUUGGAAGAAUAAUCUGCUGAGACUCAAGCAAUGAAAGUGGUAGAUAAAGCCUGUGUUGCCAUAAUGAUUGUUUCAAAAGUGUACUUAAAACCCAAUUUGGCGUUCAGCAGAAUUACAGAAAAAAAUAACACAAUCUCUUUAGAAGAUAGUAGCAGCUCAGAGUAGUGUUGAGCUUGAGGAAAUGGAAGGGUGGGGGACUAUUUUUCUCUGAGACCAGAUAAGAUUUUCCUUGUGUUUGACUUUUAUGUGUUAAUGCACACCUAAUAGAGAAAAAAAAUAAUUCUGUCUCCAGUCUACUGUA